CAGUUGCGCAGCACAUAAUAAAACUAAUGGUGCUUUAUAUUUUCAGUGAUGUAAACUGCACCAUCUGCCUGGAUCACCGAGGGGACCACUGUGCCAGGCUUACAUGUACUCUAUGUCGGUCGUCCAGAUGACAUGAAAUAUAAUCUGUGGAACAGAGGCUGACAGAAAACUGUCAGAGAAGUAGUUGUAAUAGCUUCUUGCGUCAUAAUGGUAAUCCGUGUGUAGUAACUUGUUCUCCUGAAGUCUGCUGUCGGCUGCAGUAAGUGCAGGCCUUUUGCUUUCUCUCUGCACUUUGAGGAAAUAGAGUGGGACGCACUUGGCCUGAAUUAGUGGCGCACCACUUCCCAUAAAAGCCUUUCAGAUCAGGAAGACAGCUCGGGCAGUUUACUGAGGCACGCAGCGAAUGACGGUCGCCUUUCCACGGACUGGAUCGUAGCUGAGUUGGAUUUUUCUUUCCGAAGAAGUGGAUUACAUGUCGCAGCAUGGAGUCAAGGAGUCGAGUUCAAAACCGGAUACCAUUUUUCCUGCUUAUUUUGGGCAAUGUUGCCACAGCUCUCUCUGGCCUAAAUCUUGACUGUACCAACGACUAUGUAGACUUAAUGUUUUGCCACUUUGACGCGCAAAACUGUGAGGGAUACAAUCUGACUCUCCAGAGCCACUACGACAAUGGGAUGAGGCAUUGCAAUCCCACACAGUGUGGCAUGGGACCGUGUUGUUGCACUUUAGACGAAAUGAUACUUGUCUCGGGGGAGACUCACUCAGCCACAGUUUGGAAAGGAGGCAAAAUCAUGGAGUCCAAAAUCAUCAGCAUCAGAGACAGCAUAAAGCCCAGAACCCCAACAAUCACCUCAGUGAAAGAAUCUAAUGGGAAUUUUCAAAUCCUGUGGAAAACAAACCACGAGGGCUUUUUCAGUGAAGACUUGACCGCUGAGGUGAUUUACCAUAUAAAAGGAGACACACAAAAGGUUAAUAAACCUGUCAAACCGACUACGUUCGAAGGACAGAAUUACUAUGAAAUACCUGGUGAAGACCUGGAGCCGAGCAAAACAUAUGCAGUCUGUGUGAGAAGCUACACAAACAGGAGUGACAAGUUCAGUGACAGUAGUGAAGAGUGGGAAUUCACAACCCCUAUGGCUGCUUACAUCCUGCCCUUGGUUAUCAUCAUCAGCCUCAGUGUUGCUGCAGUCAUCAUCAGCAUUACUGCAUAUUGCUGUUAUGUAAAGGUGAAAACAAAAUGGUGGGACACAGUUGCCAAAUGUCCAAAUCCCAAGAUUUUCAUUAUGCAUCCAAGUGAGCAAGAGCUCUUGAAGCCAGUGCCACCAACCAUCUCCUCUAUCUGUGUUGAGCCCUUUGUUCCAGACGACAGCAAACCUUGGUCGGAGUCACUGCGAGACACCAGCAGUGGGAGCCCUCAACAAAGCAGUGGGAUCAGUACUGGCUCUUCUUGUCUCAGUUAUGCUCAAACUGAGCCUGCUGACAUCAUCGCUGGUGUUCAGGAUGCCCUUGUUAAAGCCUUCCCCAACAUCAGCCCGAUAUCACCUUUGACCACCAUUUCACUUAAUCCAGAAGUAAACAAAGACAGUGGUCUGUUUUCUCCUUCAUACGACCCUUGUGGUGUCCGAGCUGAUGAUGUGAGUUCUGGAUCAUCUUGCUUUGACAAUAAAACCUAUUCCAUCCUCAUUCCAAGCUGCUCAAAGGAGAUGACGACAAACUGCUCCGAGGUCCAGACGCAGGCUGAUAUGCUGCGUGACUCUACAUACCAUCCUUGUGCCAGUGACGAUGUGACCUGUGUCGACCAGCAGGCAUCAGCUUGUUCACUUUUGACUUCGCCAGUGGUUUCAUCUCUCAUACCAAUGGAAAUGUCGUAUCAGCAGUGCACUGUAGAUACUGGAGGAGAUGCAGAAGCCUCCAGUUUGUCCUCCACCUCUAGUGGCACCAGCACAGUGGCAUCAUGUGAUCCGGUCUCCAGAGUUGAGACCAGGUGCGAGAGCUUCGAUGAGGCGACAAAGCCACAUGGAAAAACUGAAGGGGAAUUCGUAUAUGAUGAAAAUCCUUGCUAUGGCAGUGUGCCUGUAGGCGCACUCAGCUUUCCUCUAGUGGAUGACAACUACCAGUCCUUUCAGAAUCUGGUGGAGCAGCCUAAUAUUUUGUUUUCAGAGGAGAGAAGUGGUGAGGAGGAGCCACAGUUGAACAAAUGUCCAGAGGAAACAUUCACCAAGAUGCCUCAAAGCUUCUUAGGCCCAGCUGUUCCAGGUUUUAUGAACAGUUUCCAGGGUGACCAGUGUCCCUCUGAGCUCCAGAGACCCUUUCUCCCUUUGAUCCCUGCUGAGCAGUCUAUGCCAGUCAUCACAGACAGCGGCUAUCAGAGUGUGUAGCCCUGAAUAUAUAUGCAUUCAUUUCUUGUGUGAUUUUUUCACUUCUUUAAGAAGGUUAUAUUAUGCUUAUUUUCAAGUUCAUACUUGUAUUUUGGGUGUCUACUAGAACAUGUUUACAAUCUUUAAUUAAAAGAAAAAACACACUUUAUUUUCCCCAUAUUGUCUGCUGUAGUUGGUCAGCAUUUCCAGGUCUUCUGUAACUCUGUCUUUGCAGCAGGGGGAAUUAAAGUAAUCAAAUUUUUUACAGCCCUUUCUAGAGUAAGAUAUCAUCAGUAAAAGCUUCUAAAGCAAAAUUGGACAUGUUCAAGCAGGAAUAUGAUUCGAAACUGUGGAAAGAUCAUCAGCAGCCAAGAUUCCACGAGGGUCCCCUUUAAGCUAUUGAGAAACACUGUUGACAAAUGAAGAAGAUGGGAGAGUGGGUGAGAAGGAUGUAACAGACUGUAAAGUGCUGAAAUUUGUAAUAUAACGUCUGUUAAAACAUUAAUUAAACUUAAAAAAGGCACCAAAAAGCUCACCUCAAGAUCCAUUUAGUUUAGACGUCUGCUGAUGAAGAGCAUGUGAUGUGUCUGAAAGCUCCUGAACACUUAAUAAAUGGACUUUGAGUUGUUUUGUUUGCUCAUCUGUGACAUGACUGUUUUAAAGGCUGUCGCACAUUUUGAUGGGGAGAAAGAAGAAAACUCAGCUUUGCACCUUAAGAACAGCUGAUUUGUUCAGUUUGUAAAUAUUUUGUGACUGUGUAUGACCGCAUUUGAUGUGAAACAUUUGUAAACUUUGUACAUAAUAAUAUGUCAUAUUCAACUCAUAGCUCAUUGGAAAUGUAUUACUUAAAUAUGUAGCGCACACUGUCACUGUGUAUCAUGUAUAACCAGCUAUUACAGCAUUAGUAAGACUUCAGUGUAAUGUUAGGUAACAGAUGAGUCAUUUAUGUUAAAUUAUUUCAGUCUCUCUCUCUGAAUUUGAUUUGACCAGAGGAGCCAUUGCUAGAGAACAGCAUACCGAGCUGGCAGUACUGAGCUUUUAAGGAAAAUUACAUCCGAAUAAACUGAACCCUGCGUCUGAAACAAGUCACAACAAUCAGCUGUCAUAAUGACCUUGUGCUUUUCAGGGUUAUGAAAUUACUUCCUCAUUUCUCUUCCAUGGAACAGCUGAGCUAAUUCCACAGAAGCACACGUCACCUUCAAACCGCAGCAAAUACAUGGAACUCUUGGAAAGUCAUUUUACUAUAAACGUGUAAAGAGAUGUUGAUACUCUUGGAAACAAAACAAUGUGUAAAUGUUGUUAAAAUAAAAUCUGUUCAUAUUA